GGGCUCUGGAGCAAUCCCACUUGGUGGCACUCCCCAGAGCUCCAUGGGGCUCCUACCCCCCUUCCCCGGAGCUAGCUUUGCCCCUUCCCCCCUUCCCAGCCUCGCGUGUGCGUUUUAUCAAAACCGAUACCCGUUCAAACAGAGAAAAGGCAGCUUGGCCUGACUUCCCUCUUUCCUUUCCCCUUAUCCUUGUGAAGCGGCUCCCUGCGGCGGCUCCGCGGCUGCCUCCCCCCGUGCGGCUGGGGCUCAUCCCGGGCUGCCCGCCGGCCGUGACCCCGCCAUGGGCGCCCGGGGCGGUCCCUGCCCGGCCCCGGCCCCGCUCCCGGCCCGUCCCGCCCGCGGCCCCGCCGCGCCCCGGGCCAUGAUCGCCGUCUCCAUCCCCGCGGCCGAGCCCCCGGAGGCGGGCAGCCCCGAGCGGGCGCACACGGUGAGGGACGGGGCCGAGCGGGGCGCGGGGGGCCGGCUGCGCUCGGGGAAGGUGUUCCGGGUGGAGGUGCUGUGCAAUGGCCGGCGGCACACGGUGACCAAGCGCUACAGCGAGUUCCAGGCGCUGCACAAGCGGAUCAAGAAGACCUGCAAGGUCCCCGACUUCCCCGCACGCCAUGUCCCCAACUGGAUGCCCAAAGUGCUGGAGCAGCGCCGGCAGGGCCUGGAGCUCUACCUGCAGGGCGUGCUGUACCACAACGAGGAGCUGCCCCAGGACAUCCUGGACUUCCUGAAGGUGCGGCAGUGCCAGCAGAGCCCCAAGGCCAGCAGCCUCCCCACCAGACUCCUGCCCUCCCAGCGCCCCAUCCUCGGCUUCCGCUCGGAUCCCUACGUGCGGCCACACGGCACCGAGCUGCUCCCCAACGCCGUCCUCAGCGGGGUCCUGCAGGGCCUCUACCUCCCCCUGAGCUGUGCUCCUGGCCCGGCAGCAUCCCGAGCCUCUGGAAUGAUGAGUUCCACCCAGCACCCAGGGAUGCAGUGGUGAGAGAAAGGAUCCUUGUGGUGAAACUCACUCCUCCCUGCUGGGAGAAGCCAAAGGGAUGUUGGGAACUGCUCUCUCACCACCAUGCAAAGUGCCUUUGUUGGCAGAGCAGGAGCUCUGCCUUCCCCCCUGCUGUUUUGGGCUUGCAGUAUGGGCCUUUGGAUGCUGAAUGGUGCUGGAAAACCUCUCUGCAUCCAGGCUUUGGUGCAAUAAAUCUCCUGGAUUUGACUGACUGGAAAA